UUGAAAAAGAAAACACAACAAAUUCAUGCUUUGUUCGUUUCUAUUUUAUUUUAUUUCUAAUUUUAAACUCUAAUUUUAAAUUCGAUUUAAUUCGAUUGAUUGAUUUUAUACUAAAAACAUGUCGUAUUAGUAGAAUUCCAGUACUCAUCGCUUCAUUAUAAUUUUAUACUUGCCAACAACCUUGAUGUUAUCCAUUUGAGAAAAUUCGUUCGAAAAAGUGGUAUUCAUGUCUUCCGAAGACUUACUCUUUGAUCAAGCUAAUCUAACGAUUACAAAGAACACCCAUUUCGCCUUGUAUCUUUGGGCCCAAACUGUAGAAUGCUUCAAGUGCGAUUUAUUCAAAAUACUCGACGUAUCGAACGACAGCGACACCGGUAGCGUUGUAAUCCCUUCAGAUAAAUCGUGGAAUUUCGAAAUACGUGAUCAUGGAAACACAACGAUUUGCUCAUCGAAUCGUACAUCGUUUGGUGAACAUGGGCAAUAUGUUUGGUACGUGAAUGACUCAACAUGUUCGUCUAUUCAAGUUCAAUAUCCUCCUUAUAACGAAAUACAACCUGCUCUUUACUCUUUAUUCAUUUUCAUUGCUAGUUUCAUUAUCGUCAAAUUAUGCAUUAUCAUUCGUCGCAAUCGAGCUAUUUUUAUCGGUAGAUUGGCCGAUCCAGUUGAAUCAGAUGUCGAAAACGAUUUCCCGUUUCCCUCGGACGUGAACAGAUUACUCAGACCGUCGGUUCAAACCGAACAAGAACAUCGUAGAAUAAAAUCGCUCGAUGUGUUUCGCGGUAUCUCUAUUGUUUUGAUGAUAUUCGUUAAUUACGGCGGUGGCGAAUACCGUAUUUUCAGACAUUCGCCUUGGAAUGGGAUUACGAUAGCUGAUGUUAUUUUUCCCUGGUUCGCUUGGAUUAUGGGUGUCAGUAUCGCCAUAAAGAUUAAAUCCGAAUUGAGGAACAGCUUGGCUAAAUCGACCAUAUUGGCUAAAAUAGCUCUACGUUCGUUUUCUUUGAUCGUAUUGGGUAUAAUUUUAACUAAUUUGAGGCAAGAUGAUUUGAAUACUUUGCGAAUUCCUGGAGUUUUACAGAGAUUAGGUGUUGCUUAUUUUAUCUGCUCUGCUGUCGAGUUACGGUUCAUGAAACCGCAACCUAUAUUACAAAACCAAAGAUACUCUAUAGUUGAAGAUCUCAUCGAAAGUUAUUCCCAAUGGUUAUUUGUGUUGGGUUUAACCUCGUUGCAUCUCGUCAUCACUUUCUUCUUACCAGUACCUGGUUGUCCUACUGGAUACCUUGGUCCUGGUGGGUUAUACGAUCACUCGUCCAAUUAUAAUUGCACCGGAGGAGCUGCCGGAUACAUUGAUCGUUUAAUACUGACACCGAAUCAUAUAUACCAACGAGCUACGUGUUUCUGGGUGUAUAAAUGUGAUAUACCGUACGAUCCUGAAGGUUUACUGGGAAUAUUAACGACGACUUUAUGCGUUUACUUUGGUGUUCAUGCUGGUCGAAUCAUACUCGUUUAUAUUAAUACGUCGGAUCGAAUAAAACGAUGGAUUGUCUGGUCUAUGUUCACGAGCUUGUUGGCAGGUAUUUUAUGUGGAUUUUCCAAUGAAGAAGGCUGGAUCCCUUUGAACAAGAAUUUAUGGUCUUUAUCUUACGUACUUUUGUGCUGUGGUUUGGCGUUCGUUCUUUUAUCAUUUUUAUUAUACGUUAUCGAUGAGAAAAAAUGGUUCGGCGGAGCACCUUUUCGUCAAACUGGAAUGAACGCAAUUUUACUCUACGCCGGUCAUGUUACAAUGAAACAGACAUUCCCUUGGCAAUGGAAAGAAAUGUUCGGUCAGUCGACUCAUUUAGAAAACUUGAUAAUGGAUCUUUGGGCUACCGUCUUAUGGAUUGUGAUAGCUGUCGUUUUAUACAAACGAAAAAUAUUUUUCAAGUUAUAAUAUUAAAUUCAACAAAAUUAUCAUACCCAGCGAUACUUUCAUACCUAUAAUAUUCAUUUACCAUUAGAUUGAUAUCAUGUACUUAUAAUAAUGCGAUUGUGUAUGUGUAAUGAAUUAAUGAUCAAGCUCUUUUUUUCUCUCUCUUAGAAGAAACAAAAAAAAAACAAACCCUUUGAGAGUUACUAUCUUAUGUAUCAUUGAAAUGGUCGUAAUUAGUGAGAUAUUUUAAGUUCUUUUUAUAUUUUUUAUUAUUCUUUUCGAAUAAAUUCGGUGAUAUUUUUA